CACUUUGCAACACUGUAAAACCAAAUUGAAGUUGGGGGUGUAAAAAUAACGGGAGCAAAAUGAUUUUGCGUUCAUGGGAUCGGGUUAAACCCCGUUCCUUAUCGGAUUUCGCCUGUUUCCUCCUGGUGGCGAUCUUCGUUCCGGUGACGUACAUCUUCCAGGUAACCGUUGUGAUGCCGGAGUUGUUUGCCAUUGGAGGAGUUUGCUACACGGUGCUUUGGUUGGCCAGCCUGUUUCUCAUUUUCAACAUUACUUCAAACAUGCUGGCCUGCAUGCUGGUGGAUACCAGUAUACGAAUGGAGCUUCUGAAGCCACCGGUGGAAUCGGGGAAGUUGGCCCGUUGGCACAUGUGCCACGAUUGUCAAACUUUGGUUCCACCUCGCUCCUGGCAUUGUGAAGUGUGCAACGUGUGCAUCCUGAAGCGGGAUCAUCAUUGUCGGUUCACAUGCUGCUGCAUCGGGCAUCACAACUACAGAUACUUCUUCUACUAUUUGGUGUACAUGAUCAUCGGAUCCCUGGCGGCCGCCAUUAUGGAAAGCAUCUACCUGUGGUGUCUCCAUCCGGACAUCUACUGGCGCUGGUCCACGCUGUUUACAAUCUUUGCUCCCGUUGUAAGCUUGACUUUCUAUCCCAGCUGGGAGACCUUCUAUCUGGUCAUAUACGAUCUCACCCUGCUGGGCUUCUGCAUAUCCUCGCUGCUCUUGGUCUUCCACUGGGCGAUUGUCAAGAGCGGUUCGGUGACUAGGGAGCGUGGCACGAGGAAGUUCGAUCGUGGCUUACGCGGCAAUCUGGAAAUGGUGCUCGGAACCAGGAUGCAUCUCACUUGGCUGUCGCCUUUCUUACGCAGUGAUUUGCCCCACGAUGGAGUGAACUGGGAACCCAAUGCAGUCUCCUCACUGAAGGAGGAAUAGUGCACAAUCGUGUCUUAUAUUUCUUUGGCAAUAUAUAGUAUUAGUGGCAUUUACUUAAAACUAUUUAUGUACAUCAAGUCACGAAUUAGGGACAUGUUAAGAUGAAGUCAGUCAUAAUGGUUAUUCCAAAACAAACUAGUCAAUACCUCAAUCUCAAUCCUUCUCUAUACAAUCUAAAUCUCCAAUUUAAAUAUGAAGUAACCCAGCCAUCUCUUUCAACCUAAUAAUAGCCGAAAUUUAAUUGACUUCUCGUUGAAAGAGGAUUCUUUGGGACCUCCAAUAAGCUCGGUUUUCCGAAAACUUAGACUUUACAACUUAAUGACCAAAAUUUAAUAGCAAUCAAUAGUCAAUAAUCUUUGUGGCCACACAUUUUUAUAAUCUUAAUUGCAUAUCAAGUACAAAAACAUUUAACUAACAUCAGGCUUUACCAAAUAUCUAUGGUUAAUGUCAAAAUAUUAUGUUGUAUGUUUUUAUUUGUAUCAUUAUUUUUUAACAAAAACUAGUCUC